AUGGCGUCGGUUGAUGAAAUGCAGCAGUACCUAAGACGCGAUUGCCUAGAGAUUACUGGUAUACCAGUUGUACCGUUAGAUGACCCUUGCAACCUCGUAGCUGAAGUCUGCGAGAUUCUAAACGUUGGGCUAGAUGAAAACGACAUUUCAGUUGCUCAUAGACUUCAGCCUAGGAAGAACACAAAGGACAGAAUAAUUGUGAAAUUUGUCAAGCGUAACAAGCGCGACGAAGUGUACAAACAACGCUCAAAGCUUAAUGGCAAAACCACACGCUGUUUACCAACAGUUAAUGCUGAAAUACAAGAAGGAACUAUUGGUGCAACUGCCAAGAUCUAUAUAAAUGAAUCGUUAACGCUUAUAGGAGAAGAUUAUUUUGGAAAAUAA